GAGCGAAAAACUGAGUUGAGCCCAGGGAGCAGAAGCAAAGGCAAGAGCACAGCAAGCAAGCAAGCAGCAGCAGCAGCCAGAGGGGGCCUCAGGCCGCAGUUCACAUCGCUCAACCGACUCAGUCCGCGUCCGUCUGCGGCCGCGUCGUGUUGUCUGUUACACAAGCAGCAGCAGCAGCCCAUUAUUAUUACUGUACCAUUCGAGAAAAAAAAAGUGUGCGUGUGGUUUCAUUUGCUUGUUUACUUCCGACUACAAGUCCUCGACGCCUUUUGAAUAUUUUUUCGAGUCGUUUUUCCGUUUUCACAAAUACGAAGAGGAUUUGAGUUUGCCAAUCAAAAUCACACCGACACUCGGAAUAGAAGAAAAGACGGACAUUGUGCGUGUUUUGUUGAUCAUCUCGCGCAAUCGCCGCCCGAAAUAGAGGAGAGAAAAAAAACCCCAAAAAGUUGAAUCAAAAUUCUGCGAAAAACAGAAUUUUUCGGUGAAAAAGAAUAACAUUCUUGUUGCGCAACCGGAUAUUGGGGUUUUUGUCUGAUUUCCCCACGUUGUGUGCGUGAUCGAACAACCUCCUCAUCCGCAAAGUGCGCCAAAAAUUUUUUGUUUCUCUCGUGUUUUAUUUUCUCUGUGUGUGUUUGUUCGGAAACAAUCGAAUUCUUCUCCCACAAACAACAACACCACCAACAACAACCGACAACUAUUCUUGUCUCGUUUCUCCGCAGUCAAUCGAGUUCGGAUCCAACACAAGAAGAAGAAUCCUACAGCAACAACAACAAGUGCUCGUCGUGUCGUUUGGUAUUUGGUGGAGCGCCACACUACCACUACUGGAUGUGUUUUUGUGUGUGUCGUGCUGCGACUGUCUGAGUCAGCGCACACAUUAGCCCCCUUUCUUUUUUUUAAUCGGAAAAAAGCCAAAAAAAAAUUUUGAAUUAAAAAAAAAAGGGAAGAAAUCUAAUUAAAACGGCCAUCAUGUUGUGAGAUGAACGUUAUAGACCUAUGGAGUCCUUGGACUGGUUCACAACCAAAUCGCAAGGACCUCUUAUCCUGGCCCAGUUCUGGCAGCAACGCGCUGUAUUGGCCGAGAAGGAAUUGUCUGUCCUCAAAGAACAAUUUGAGAGAGCUGAAGACAGCAGCAAGCGGCAGCGGCUUAGCAGCGAUCAGGCCAAUGAAGCUCCACCUCCACCCAACAUGGACACGCCCCUCGACGUGAUGGGCAGACCUUCAUUACUCGAACUAGCCGCCAAGGAAAAAGAGAAACAGGUUCAGACAUUGAUCGAGGACGUUCAAAAGUUGCAGUCGACGUUAAACCAGUUGCGCGAAUCCUCUGCCCGCCAACUGUCAAACUUUGAAGAGGAAUUGCAGGUGCGCGGCCGACACAUUCAGCGACUGGAAGCUCAGCUCGAAGCGCAAAAAGACUACCAGGAAAUCCGCCGUGAACUCAGUAUCUUGAAAUCGAUCGAGUUUCCGCACCUGUCGUCGACCGUUGACGACGACGACGACGACCAGGACAUUGCCAAGAAAUCGGACAAGGUCCCCACUUCCGCGUUAGCCGGUGGCAACAAACCGCUAGAGGUCUUGCUCCUGGAACGCAACAAAGCUCUCCAGUCGGAGAACACGGCACUCAAAGUCGCCAACAGUGAGCUGCAAGGCGAAGAAGAAAAGACUUUGACACUUCCGCUGGAAGAAACUUCACCUCCAUCACCUCCACCGUCGUCUUCCUCGUCGGCAUCUCCCGGUCCGGCUGUUUUGUCUUCCAAAGACGACGCUAGCGUCGCCCAGCCGGUCACCAACAACAACAACAACAACACGGCAGAUUGUGAAGCCGAUCACUCUACGGCCAACAACGACAACGACACGAUGCCCUCGUCGACGCGUUUGGGACUGGCCAACAGUCCGAUGGCGGCUGCAGCGGCAGCUGCGGCGGCCGCCGCCGCCUCGGUCGGCGCCCACGUCGGCCCACCUCCGCCGUUCUCGCCUUUCGUCGGCGCCGUUUCCGCAUCGGGACUGAUGGGUCCGCGACACCUGCCGCCCGUCUUCCACCCCGUCUUGGGCGGCCUGGGUUCGCUGGGCCACUUUUUCAACGAGGACAUGCUCCUGCACUGGCGGCGAUCGCUGGAAGCUUCCAUGCUGAGCCAUCACCAGCAGCAGCAGCAGUUGCAGCAGCAACAGGAGCGACGGAUGGCGUCACCCGACCGCGCCAGAGCGUCCAGCCCCGGCAGCGACAACGGUGCCGAAGAGAACAACAGCAGUAGCCUCUAUGGCCAGCGGACACCAACGACAACGGUGGCCGGAGAAGGAACUGCCACUACACCCACCGUAACGACGACUCCCAGGUGCCCGACUACUCCUACCGGGCAGCAGCAGCAGCAGCAGGGACUCAACUCUUCGACGCCCAACUCUUCCGGCGUAGCCACUUUGCCCGGCUGGCCUAGCUGGGAAGACUCUCAUUUGGCCCGGCUGCAGCAAGAGUUCAUCACACGCGGGGGCGUCUACCCAGGUUUCGGCGGCCCAGGCAGCGUCAACAGCCUGGCCGGCGGUGGCCUAGGAAAUGGUAGCCUAGACGGUGGCGAUGGACCGUCGGCCGCUGCCUUAGCCUCUCUGAUGGCCCUUCCGGAAGGUUUGACAUCGCUGCUGGCCAAGAGCAACCCGCUCGAGGCCCGUCUCCAGGAGAUGCUGCGCGCCACGAUGGAGCGCUACGCCAGCCAAGCCCUGGACACGUUGGCCAUUUCGCGCGGCGUUCGCGAGCUCCUCUCCAUGCACAACAUUGGCCAGCGGCUCUUCGCCAAGUUCGUCCUCGGCCUCUCGCAGGGCACCGUCUCCGAGCUCCUCUCCAAACCAAAGCCCUGGGACAAGUUGACGGAGAAAGGCCGCGAUUCCUACCGCAAAAUGCACGCCUGGGCCUGCGACGAAGCCGCCAUUUUGCUCCUCAAGUCUCUCAUUCCACGCAAAGGAAAAGAAACGGGAGGAUCGUCAGUGGCGACCAAGACGGAGGAGAGCGCCGUUACCGAGGAGCGGAUCGCCCACAUCCUGCACGAGGCCAGCGCCGCUCUACGGGCGCAACAAGUCGACGACUCGGGUAGCGACGAGAGCAAACCGCCCAGCCAAACACAGACGCCAUCGCCCGGACCGAAAGUGGAGCCGAUCUGCUCUUCAGCCGCCGCCACGUCCAGUGCCACUACAACCACUACAACUCCCACCUCCUCAUCUAGCCACCACCACAACAACAACAACAACAACAACAGCAGUACUACCACCAACAUGCUGUUGCAGCAGCAGCAGCAGCAGCGUCGCGGACGCAAGCCCGACCACGACGACAUCUCGCAGGAGCAAGUGCUGCGCAUCUACCACGACGAGCUGGCCAAAAUGAUGUCGGGAGGCUCUCCCGCCGCUUUCAAUCCGGCCGCUUUCAGUCCGGCCCACCUCUCCGGAUUAUCCGCCCUCGCCGGAGGCGGCGCCGGUUCCAGGACUAUGGCCUCCAAUCUCCGCGAUUACAAUAGAUCCUACACUAGCGCGCUCUUUGAGCGAUCGCCGGAAGAGAUCCGCAUGGCCCUGGAUGUCUACCAACAGGAGCUGAACCGGUUGAUGCAGCCGCCGACUUCCUCUUCGGCGUCAUCGGCUGCCAAUGCGACAACGACGACAACGACAACAACGACGGCGUCAACGACGACAACGGGCAAUUUCACUUCGACGCCCGCCGGCAGCGCCGGAAGUCAGCAUCAAUCGACAGCGACGACAACAACCGGACAACAACAACAACAGCAGCAUCUCAGCAACGGUUUCCCGCAAGACCUGUCGCUGCCCAAGAGCAGUACGGCAGGAGCCGGGAGCGUCAGGAGCGACGAGGAGAGCUCGGAGCGUGAGGCCGUCAAGAUGAGGUCGGCCGUGCCGGCCAGCAGCAAAUCCUCGUUCCUCCUCAAUGCCAACGAGAACGGAGAGCGGAGCAAGAGCGUCUCGGGCGAGACGGGCAACAACAACUUGUCGCAGUCGUCGAAAUCGAUCGAGAACUCGAUGGCUCUUUUCAUGCCCCACUCGCUGCACAACAUCCUUCGCCCGUCUUCCAGCCUGUCGCCCGACGAGUCCAAUACGGCGACGACAGCUCCCACCGGAAGUGGCGGCCCGGGUGCCAGCGCCGGUGGGACGGGCGGCGUGGCCUCGCCCCUGCAGCGCAUCGCUUCCAUCACCAACUCGUUGAUGUCCCAGCCGGCCAAUCCGACCUUGCCGCAAGUGACGCAACGGCCGAUGAAAGCCAUUCUGCCUCCCAUCACUCAGCAGCAGUUUGACACCUACCAGAACCUCAACACGGAGGACAUCGUCAAAAAGGUGAAAGAGCAGCUGAGCCAGUAUUCCAUCAGCCAGCGACUGUUUGGCGAGUCGGUACUGGGCCUGUCUCAGGGCUCCGUUUCGGACCUGCUGGCCAGGCCUAAACCGUGGCACAUGCUGACCCAGAAAGGACGGGAGCCUUUCAUCCGCAUGAAGAUCUUCCUGGAAGACGAGAACGCCGUCCACAAGUUGGUCGCCUCGCAGUACAAGAUCGCACCCGAAAAGCUGAUGCGGACUGGCGGAUAUUCCGGAUCUCCACAAUCCGCUGCUUUGAAGAACUCUGUGGCCAAGAUGAUGACACCCACGUCGAUGCCGGCCACUUCACCGGCCAUGUCAAGCGGCAAUUCCACCGGUGGUGGCAUGGAUUUAUCGCCCAACAGUCUGGCCCAUUCAGCGCUGGCCCUUCACGGCCUCAGAGGUCCCGCCAGCGCCUUGGCAUCGCUGACCCACGGAGCUGGAUUGGAUUUGAAUUCAUCCAUGUCUGGGCGGUCGAGUCCCAUCCCGAGUGGUUUGACUUACGGCGCCACUUUGGCCCACUUCAUGUCGGCCCAGUCGAGCCUCAACCAGCGUAGCCUCGCCUCCCAAAUGGCCCACCACCACCAACAGCAGCAGCAGCAGCAACAACACCACCACCACCAACAACAACAGCAACAACUGCAUCAGUCGCCCGUUCUGGUCAAGAGUGAUAAGAAUUCCAGCUCGUCUGUUAGCAAGUCGCUGUCCAACACGCCCCUGGGCGGCCAUAACAACAACGCCACGAGCAACGGCUUGACGCCCAGUCCCAUGGACGACAGCUCGACACCCACGCCCGGCCUAACUGGGUCGGGUAUUCCCACUCUGGCCGCCUACUCUCUGCCGGCGCACAGCGUCUACGAGCUAGCGGCCCUGACGCAAGACCUGGACACCCAGGGAAUGACGACCAAGAUCAAGGAGGUCCUCCUGGCCAACAAUAUUGGGCAAAAGAUCUUUGGCGAGGCCGUCCUGGGCUUGUCGCAAGGCUCCGUCUCGGAGCUGCUGUCCAAGCCCAAGCCGUGGCACAUGUUGAGCAUCAAGGGCCGGGAGCCUUUCAUCCGCAUGCAACUGUGGCUGAGCGAUCCCCGCAACAUUGAACACAUCCAGCGGCUGAAGACGGAGCGACGGGAGGCCGGCAAGCGUCGACGUGAUUUGGGCUUCCCCAUGGGGGCGACGGACGCGGCCGGACCCAAUUCCAACGCUUCCAGCAACACCAACUCGUUCAUGGGCGGUGACAAUUCGAGCAACGACGGCUCGAUGGGCGGCAGUCCGUCUCCUUACGGCGGCAAUCCCAACCACCACCACCACCACCAAGCGACGUCGCUGACGACGACGGGCGCCGGCGCCUCGCUGUCCUCCUCGUCGCCGUCGCCGGCCAAGAAGCAGCGCAUCCUCUUUUCUGACCAGCAGAAGGAGGCGCUCAAGCUGGCCUUCAGCCUGGAUCCUUACCCCAGCACGUCGGCCAUGGAGUUCCUGGCCCAGGAGCUGAACCUGUCGACGCGGACCAUCACCAACUGGUUUCACAACCACCGCAUGCGCCUCAAGCAGCAGCAGUCAAACUCGCUGGAUUGUUCCACCAAGGAGGAGAUCUCGUCGUCGGCCUCGCCGGCCACAAUGGCCAACGGCGGUCGCGAAAGCUCGGGACAGUUUGAUCCCAUCCACUUCCGGCUUCUCUUCCACCAGCGUCUCUUCGAGAUGCAGGUCGCUUCCGGCGAGGAAGGAUCAGGAGGUCACCACCACAACCCCGCAAGUGGCGGCGGUGGUGGUGGUGGCGGUCAUCAUCUCCCCGGCGCCGGCGCCGGUGGCAUGGCUUUGCCCGCCUCUUUGGCCGGACUCCCGCCUCAAUUGGCCGGCAAUUUGAACAUGAUGGCCUCGCUGGGCAUGCCCUACCCGUUCUACGCCACUGGCAUGUUGUCGCAAUUCUGCAUGGGCCUGGGCAACCCUUCGCCGGACAUGGCACCCGGCGCAGAGGGACUGGACUUGACGUUGGCCAGGCAACGCGUUGCCGCCCUCGGCCAAAGCGACUCGGACGCCGAAGAAAGCGACUGCGAAUCGGACACGUCGAGUCGGACUGGACCGACGCCGCACAGGGACUUGGAUCGCCGACGUGGUGACAGCCGGCCCCCUGUCAAAAUGCCCAGUCCGCUCAUGUCAAUGAUCGCCCAGGCCAAGACGGCGGCCAGUCUCGGCAUUGCCUCUCAGGAGGGACCGGCCGCCCAGGCGGCCGCCCGGUCGUCUCGAAGGAGUCGCAAACCGGCCGCCCCUCAGUGGGUCAACCCGCACUGGCAACAGUCGUCGGCCGUCCGGGAGCGCGUUGAGUCGGAAGACGGGCGUGACAGCAGCGAGGAGCGCGACAAGAAGAAGGCCAAACAUUUCUCGUCGCUCCACCACCGCAGCGUCGACGCCAAUUUGAACAAUUUCGUCGAAUCGGACGCGCCAAUUGCUGCGGGCGGUCGGGACUCGUCGGCCGAGCGGCCGUCAGUCCGGGCCGCCGUCGACAUCGACGACGACGACGACAAGUACGACAACGACGAGGAGGAAGACGAUGACGAGGAAGAGUCGCCCAAGCGACUGACUAUCCACCGGCCGCGGGCCGGCAGCCUCAGUCCGUCUCGUCGGGCCUCACCUUCGCCGUCGCCGUCCUCGGACGAGGACAAGAUGGACGACGAAUCGGAAGCCAAAGACGACGACAACAACGAACAAUCUUAACCUCCUUCCUUCCCACCUUCCUACAUCAAUCGAACGACAUUGUCCCGCGUGUGUGUGUGUUGUGUGUGUUGUGUCGGUGUGUGUGUGAUUCGUGAGGAAAGCGAUUGGGUGACAACUCGGGAGCUGAACUAUACGUCUAGACGUUUCUCCAGUGCGCCAACAUAUUUCUCUCAUCACUCAACUUCACCCCCUCCCCCCAGCUCCUCCCUUCCUCCUCCAUGUCUCUCGUUAAUUUCGUAUAAGAGAACGAGAGAACGGUACAACACAGCCGAGGUGGGGUUGGUUAUUUUGUGUUUUUAAAUUUCCCGCCCCGAUUUUUAUAUUUAAAAAAUAAUGGUUUUCUUUUUUUAAAAGCCAGUCAGAGCAUUUUUUCUGCUCUCAAAAAAUUGAACGUGAAAAUGAUCAAGAAAAAACAAAAAUCGAUAUGCGCGGACCGAGUGCGAGAGUGUGUGAUUGUUUGUUAUAUUAAUUAUUAUAAAUAUUGAUUAUUAAUUCAUUAUUAUUAAUUAAGUUGUUUGGUCAUUUUUGUGUUUUUCUUUUUUGGUUUUUCUUUGGAAAGGGAAGGGUUUUUGACGUGUGUGAUAAUCGGCCGGAGAUGAUAGCCGAACGCAGGUCUCGUCAAAGUGCCACCUGGUGGUCAGAACGGACAGAAAUGGGAUGACAGAGGGGAGAGAGAAAGCUGCAAAUUUUUAAAAAGAAAAGAAAACAAUAACUAAUCAAAUUGGGGACAAAAAAAAAGUUUCGUCAAACAAAUCACACACCCAAAAAAUUUUUCAAACUCCUUGGAUAGUUAUAGUGUGGGAUUUUCAAAAUUUGAUUCCGCAUUCAUUCAAAGAAAUGGAAACAAAAUAAAAAAAACACGUACGUUUGCUCUUGGAUGAGCACCCCUUUCUUUUUAUCCUCUUCUUCUCUAUUAAAAAUUAACAAAAAAGAAAAAUUUUAUCCCGGGCUCCCAUUUGUUGGGUGUGUGACAUUCGCGUCGUGUCACCCGUUCAUUACCAGUUCCUCCUCUUCUACGGACGCCAGUUAUUUUUAUUUAUUUAUUUUUUUGUUUGAUCCUAUAUAUCUUUCGGUUGCCUCUGUUCUAUGCGUUUCUGUAGUUGACACCGACAUCACUACACCCAUCCGGUGUAUAGGGGGGCAAUCAACCGAACGAAAAAAAUAUAUAGACAUGUCUGGCGCCCGCCUAUUUUGCAUUUCAAAUCUAACAAAUAGAAACGAGCGCGUGUUUGUUUCGUCUUUUUUUUUUUCCCCCUUCAUCAAAACUCUUUCUUAACCAAUUAAGUUAUCGAGUAAAAGAAGAAAACAAAACGCGAGAAAAAAAGUUUCCUCUCAUCUCAUCCGACUCCAAAGAUGUCAUGUUUUUGUUCCCAUUUCGGUUUGUUAGAUGUGCUUCCCUUUGAAAGAAAUUGGUGAGAGCAGCUUCCGUUUUUGAUUGGGAGAGAGAUUUUGUUUUUGUUUUCUUUCCGCUUCUUAACCCGUUCUGACCUCCAAUUUUUUUACAAAAUUGAUUCGAAAUGGCGAAGGUCUCUAAAUCGUAACAUUGGCCCAGUGAAAGUACAGUGUGUGUUCGUAUUUAGAAUGAAUUUAGUUACCGUUUGCCGAUUGUUUGUCUCAUCAUUAAUGAAAGCAGGAAAUGGGUGGGGGGGAGUUGUUUGACGUUUGCAAAAAUCACGGAAAAAAAAAUUCAUGUUAAAAAAGAUAAAGAAACUUGUCCGGUAUUAAAUCUCUCGGUUUUUAAAAUAAUUUCGUUUGUUGGUUAUUUUGCGUUUUCGGUUGCGUGUGUGUGUAUGUGUCGGGAGGGUGUAAUUUGUCUCAUCUUCAUUUUUCUUCUGCAAUGAUCGUCUCUUUUAAUGGUUCCAUUUUAAAUACCGCCAGGUGAAAAUGAUUUUCUUUUUUUGUUGGUCACCGUAUUGAUUGUGUUAAACGUCCGCUCUCCAUUAAGUGAACGCAUGUCGGUCUCUAGCGCGCCAUAGACGAUUUUUCUUUUUUUUUCAAAUGGUCAAUUAAUUGUGUGUAACUUUAAAAAUACCCAGACGACAAAAGUAACAAGUUGCGUUGUUUUACUCGCUGUAAAUAGAUGAUUUUCAUUCGCCGGUCUCGAGAUAUAUAUUCAAUUUAUAUAUCCGGUUCCUCUUUUUGUCCCCCCCUCUUUAACCUCAAUAUUCAAAUGGGCUGGAUGAAUGUCGAGGGGUUCGGGACGAGUAUUAAUUAUUUUCGAAUUUGGCUGUGUGCGUUCGUUCGUUCGUUUCUCUCUUUCCCACCAAAAAGAAAAAAAAAAGAAAAAAAAACUCGCCCUCCAAAUUUCUCUCUCUCUCUCUAUCUCCGUAAUUUUCUUGAUGAUUGUAACUAUAUAUUUUUCUGACUUAUAUAUAUAUCAAUCGAUGUAAUAAGCGCGCGAGGAAAAAGCAAAAACAAAACAAAAAUGCCGGAGAAAAAAUUUGUUUGUUUGUUUUUUUGGAUGUUUUUGUCGAUUUUCUCCCCCCUGCCCCCGUUGGGCCUUUUCGUCUCAUGUUCGUUCAAGUAUUCGUGCGUGAUGCCUGCCUAUGUCUCUGCCUGUGUGUGUUCUAUAAUAUAGACAACAAAUCGUUUCCUCUUUUUUUUUUUUAAAUCUUAGAUAUUCGUCAUGCAGCAAAAACAAAAGAAAAACCUAUCGAGUGAGAUGAAACCUCUGUCUGUAUUUUUCUUUCCUCCCUCGGCCUAACUAUUUUUUAAAAAAUCUAUUCAGUUUCUCUCGUACAUACAUAUUAUAGUUGUAGGGAUGACGGAAAAGACAAACCGAAUGCCAGUGUGUGUGUGUGUGUGUGGUUGGUUUCCCUCUUUCUGAUUCAUUCGCCCGCAAAAAGGUGGCGAAUUCGUGUGUGAUGCCAUGGCCAAUCCCCGUGAUGAGUUCAUCCAAUACUUUUGGUCUCUCUCUCUCUCUCUCUUUCCCCCUCAUUCUUCUUGCUCGUUCCUUGCUCGCAACGCACGUUUGCCACUCGCUAAUCGAAUCCAGCACACAACAAAACACACACAAUCCCCCCUUCCUCUCAAGAUUAUGCGUUUCCAUCCGGCCAACGCGAGUCUGAUUUUAUUUUCGUGAAAAGAGGAAGAAAAAAUAAGAAAUAGUUGUUUUUUUUUUCUUUUGCGUAUUUAUUGCGUGAAUGUUGCUCCAGGCAAGUUCUUCCCCUCCCCUCUUCCGAUCUUCGAUCUUUCUUCUCGUUGUCGUUCGUUUUUUUUUUUCGCGAUGAGAAGCGAAUCCAACCGAAAUUCUUCCAAAUUCCACAGAAAUAGAAAAGCAAAAAAAAAAAAAAAAUUGUUUGUUUGUACAUACACAAAUUCAAAAAAAGAAGGCGCAAAAAAAAUACCAGACGGAAUUUGAUUUCUCGUUUCGUUUCUCUCUUUCAAUUCUCUGACUGUCCUAUUCCUUUCAUUUCGUUUCUUUCGUGAUCAUUUCUGCUCUUUCGUCCAGAAGGAGCGGAAGUUUUUUUCGAAUGGAACAAUACACAAACCGACCGAUGUGUUCUCGAAAAUGAACCACAUCCCCCAUCUGUAUAAUCUCGUUUUUCCAUGGCCUUAUAUAUAAAAAAAGAUUUUUCUGGAACCCCCCCUCAAUUUUUUCUUUUCAUUUCUUCUUCUUCUUGUUUUUUUUUCUUUUCCAUCUUGUCUUCUUCUUUCGAUUCUCUCUUUGACUCUCUCCUCCAGUGUAUAUGUAAUGUUUUGUCACCUUGUUUGUUCAAUCUCGUGUCUCGACCCCCCUACAUCCUCGCCAUUGGCCCAGUUUUGUCUCUUUCCCUCCCGAUUUCCUCCGGGAAAGAAAUGAAGGAUUCAGAAAUUUUUUGGAAAGAAAGAAAAAAGAAAGAUCGUUCUUUUCUUUUUUUUUGUGGAUUAUUUUCACGAAAUUUCUGCGUGUAUUUCCCGAUUUUGGGGCCCUCCCCACCCACGACCUCUCUCCAAUAUCUUGUUCGAUUUCUUGAAACUUAUUGAUUGACAUUUUUUGAUCGCGUUUUUGAUUUUCCUUGGAUAUUUCAAUCAUUACACUUGUUCCAUACGCUGA